UCCAAAGUGAUAAAAAGUGAUGAAGACUCUACUAAUAGCAUUUAGUUUAUUUGUAGGAGUAUGGAGCAUGGAUUAUACAUGUCUCCCUGGAUCAUCUCCCUCCGGUGUAUCCUUACCCAGGGGAGAUAUCUACCUGCAACACAACUCAAACAAAACCUUGUUCUGUCUACUCAACCCGGACCAUGAUUACUAUGCCAAGCAAGGAUUUAGAGCUGAGGAUUUGUAUUUCUGGACUCCACACGGAAAUCUGGAAUCUAGGAUUGUUAAUAGCACAACAAUAUCUACCAACUUUAUAGCUAAUACAGUAGGUACUGUAGAUGUCCAGUGCCAGGUUCAGAAUAAGAACCGAAGUAUUGGAAUCUGUAAACAGAGGUUGUUUGUUGGUUUCCCUCCACUUAAUGUUACAAAUUUCUCGUGUGUAUCUGAGAAUUGGCAUAACCUUAACUGUACCUGGGACGAAGCCUUUAACCCGGUUCCCACGGUAUACGAUGUAUCCUUCAUGGAACCUGGAGCAUAUUCUCAUCCUAAAUACUGUCCUAGAGAUGAAGAUCUACCUCUUCAUGUAGAGCAUGUCCCGGAGCAAUCUUGUUAUCUUGAUCUAACAACCCAUCCGCCGUAUAGACAAGCUGUAUCAACCUAUAAGUUCUACAUCAACGCUUCCAAUCCUCUUGUUCCCGGUGGAACUGUUUAUCAAAUAUCCGUUGAGCACACUUCUAUCGUGAAACCAGGAAAAGCUGUGAAUCUAAACUUAACAAGUAAAUCUUCAAGUCAGCUAGUUCUCUCUUACAGUGUACCAAAUGAAAUGCGAACCUUUAGUCCUGGAAUUGUCCAACAUGUGAGGUAUAUCGACGAAUGGACGAGAAAGUGGACCAUUGUGGACAUGUCCAACUUCAGUUUACACCAAGAUGAUUUUGAUAUUGAAGUAUCCGAGCUGAAGUUCCCCUACUCCAACUAUACUUUUGAGAUCAAGAUGGUUUCCGGAAGUGCGGAUCCGACAAAUCUAAAUGUCUGGUCAGACCUGACCUAUAUCUCAGGGAGAACCAAUGCAACUGUUCCAGCCCAGGCUCCAACUAUAACCCUGGGUAGUUUUGAGGUUCUGAAUACAGGAUCUGACAGGACUGUGUUUGCAUACUGGAAAAUCAUGCGUCACAGAGAUUUUAACGGUCCAGGGUUCAGAUAUCUGGCUUCCGUAAACAAGGUUCCGAUACCAACAUCAUCUUCCUACGCCAGGUUUGACAAGGUUUCUGUCUCCGAGUUCCAGGUUCAGAUCUCUGCUGAGAACAAUGUUGGCAUGGCUCCGGUAGUCUCCACCUUAAUAAUACCACAGAAGGAGUUCCUGUACGGCCUCCAGCCGAAGUCACUGACCAAGAUCUGGAAAGGGGUCGGUCGGUAUGAGAUCGCCUGGCGAUCUCCGGACCGAGAUGAAGAGGUUACGUCCUAUACUCUGUUCUGGUGUAAGUCCGAGGAUGGAAAGGAUCGUCCGUAUCAAUGUGACGGAGAACUGGAUUGGAAAACCUUGGAACCUUGCGAGGGAACUGUGCAGAGUCAUCCUCUCAUUCUUCCCUCGGAGAAUGUUUAUCAAAUAGCUGUGUCCGCCAACACUAAUACUCUCUCAUCAGGUAUGGUUUGGUCAACCUGUACAGUAAUCAAGGAUCGUCUAGUGUCUCGAGUUACUCAGAUUGAAAUCCUUCAUCAGAAACCUACCUCAGUAACAGUGAGAUGGAGUCUAGACUGCAGGGAUCAGGCGGGGAUAGUUUACGGAUACAGGGUUGAAUAUUGUACUGGUGAGGUCUGUAAAGCGAUGAACGUGAGUCCAGAUCAUGAUAGAAUACAGAUAGGUGGACUCAUCCCAUUUACUCAGUACAAGAUCGGAGUGAGAAUAAAAGACAAGGAAGAAUACGGGGAGCUUGGAACUAUGGUAAAAGGAGAAACUCUGCCUGAUAAGCCGGGUUCUCCGCCCCUCCGCCUUCAAGUAGACGAGAUCACCUCAAGCUCCGCCUUGAUCUCGUGGGAACCUCCGGCAGUGCCGAAUGGAAUAAUCGGCGAAUACCGUGUUCAAUACGUGUACUUUAACUCCGAGAAUAAGCGAGAGGGAAGACAUGAUGUGUUUAUAAACUCAACUAGCGCAGUGCUAACAAACCUUAUCAGCUACUCAAGGUACGAGGUGAAUGUUACAGCAUGUACCGUACUGCAGGAAGGUGCACUUGGUUGCAGUCACCACUACGCCGUGCACGGAUUUAAAACAAAAAUUGGACCCCCGGCUAAACCUCCUCCUCCUAGGAUAGAGUUUGAAAACUCUACCUUAGUUAAGAUUAAUUGGAAUAAACAAUUCCAGAUCGGAGCCCCGGAGGCGCUGAAAUGGGAGGUUAAGGUUCGACGCGCCGGCUCAGCUUGGGAUACAACCAAACCUUACACCAAGAAUAUUACUGGAGCUCUAGAUCAGUUCUUUCUCCACCUGGACCAUAUCAUGGAUAUAAAGGGCUGGUCACCAGACUGUGAGAACGAGACGAACACAAACAAGUUUGAGUUUGCGGUUCGAGCGAUCGUUAAAGAUUUAAAAGAGGUUGAGUACGCAGGGAACUGGAGUGAGAGUGUACCUGCAGCAGCUUACUGUAGUCAGGUUCCUGCCUGGGGACUUAUUACUCUAGUUUGUGUUGUUGUCUCGAUAGCGGCGGUUUUUGCUGCUUUUCUCUGCUGCAGGUUUUACCAGUUCUGGUAUAAAACUAAAGAUUUCUUCGGCCAGGUUGGAAAGGAGUUGGAUACUAAGUUUGUUCUAGCCUCUACGGAUAAUCUUGAUCCUGGAUCCCCGGGUCCAGAGUUCGAGAUGAAUCAGUUCUCCGGGAACUCCGUUAGAAAGGAUGAUAACGAUGAUGAUGAUACGGAUACUUUGCUGCUAGAGAAUACAACCCCGGAGCAGAAAAAUCACAGACAAAAAUCCGCGAGUGAGUCUGCCACGUCUGAUUUAACAUCGGGUUGUGAAUCUCAAGGUGGAAAGAGUUGCACUGACCGAGUAUCCGACUGUUCAAGUAGAUCUCACCUUCCUGUUCAAGCAGAUCUCGCUAGCACCUGCAGUGGAUACGUAUCUAUGCAUCGAGCUGAUUCGGGAGGAUCCGGAUCCAACUAUACUCAGCUGUCAGGAACACCGUCAAGGCCCUGUAGUAAUCCGGCAUCAAUACAUCCAGUUAAUAUUGAUGUUACCCCUGCAACCUCCUCCUUCUCCGCCCAGUAUUCUAACGGAUUUGGCCCGGGCCUGGUAUCCAGUGCUCCGUAUCUAAGUAGAGCUGGGAAUCAAACCUUCGGGAACCGUCUUUCUAGCUCUCACCAACCUGAGGUGCUUGGAGCUAUGCUAGAGGAAACUUGUCUCACUGAGUCAAACAAUCCAGGAUAUUCUCUUUUCACUGGGACGGUAUCCGUCCCGAUAUCCUUUCCAGAAGAGCGUUCUGUUACUGUCCCAGGUUCAGGAUAUGUAUCCGCUGGAGUAGCAAACCGUCCUUUAGAAACAAAUAAUUUACACCUUAGCUCCCAACAUGUAGAGAGUAAUAUUCCUCAACGAUUAGGAAUAGCAGAGCAGUUGAACUUUAUACAGAAUGAUACCGGAUACAUUACUGUACAACAAGCCCAGGAACUAGUUCUUCAACCAAACCCGGCCUCGCGUCAAUAUUCAAGACUUGCUCCGAAGCUUGAGUCUGCGAAGUUUGAAGAACCUGAACCUGGAUUCAGUCCUCCGGGUCCUCCUGGAAAUUAUAUCAGUCCGUCAUACGUCUGACCGGAACUGAAACCUAGAACUCAUUCAAUGAUGAGCAUGAAAAUAUCCGAGUGAACUGUUUCUCAUCCAACUUGAAUCCCCGUGUCCUGUGUACCUGUACUUCGUCUAUUUAGUAUUUUUAGUGUUAAAGUUCGUUUGUAUUAUUGAGUACAUUCAGUACAAUGCAGUACAAGCUUUGUCACGUGUGUAUUUGUCAACACAGUACACAAAAACACUCAAUACUUGCUAUUUAGCUACAACGCUACACCUUUAUCUUGCUCAAAACCAUUGUUAUCUCACGCUUCUGAUAUCCCUAGUUCCUAACUCUCAACCUGGUUCUUCGACGUGAUGUUAGUGAACUCAUUAGUGAUUAAUGUUGGGCUAAUUGAGGGUUCGUCAGUGCUGUUCUUCUAGUUAUUUAAUUCAUAAAGGGACUGUUCAGUAUUUUUUUCUAAAUUUUCUAAGUUAUUCUUGUUAUCUCCCCAUCAAAACAACAAGUUUUAUCGUCAGAUAUAAUCUAUAUAUCGCCGAUCCAUCACAGUUUAAGAAAUCACAAAAACAUCCAACAAUUUAAAACAUUCUAGCAAUAUUG